AUGGGCAGCAGCGGCGGCGAUGGUGGUGAUGGAGUCCCAGAAAGCGACGAGAAGAAACACGAUGCCAUUGUCCAUCUAGACGCCUCCUCCACCUCCACGACCUCACUUGACGAUGCCUCCGCAACCAGCGCAUGGAAAGCAUACUGGGUACGUCGUCCCCUACUCCUCCAUUCCCCAAUUCCCGCAAACCUACCACGCGUAUUCAGCUACGCGGGCCGCCUUGAGCGCCUCACGAUGCUCUUCGCCAGCAUCUGCGCCCUCAGCUCUGGCGUCGCCAUCGCCUCUCAGAACCUCAUAUUCGGGCAAUUCGUGACGCUCUUCACAGACUUUGGCUCUGGCAGAACCACAGCUGCGCAUUUCAAAGCACGCAGCGCAACCCUCGCAUUGUACUUUUUCCUCAUGGGCACGGGCAGACUGGUGCUGGCGUACGUGUACAACACACUGCUAACCUACAGCGCAUUCCGCAUCGUGCGCAACCUGCGCAGCGCCUACCUGCGCGCCGCUUUACGGCAGGAAGUCGCGUUUUUCGAUCUGGGGGUCGGCGGCUCCAUUGUCACGCAGGCGUACUCGAGCGGGCGCCUGGUGCAAGGCGGGAUCUCGGAGAAGCUGGGGCUGACGGUGCAAGGCAUCGCGGCGUUUCUGGGCUCGUUUGUGAUUGCCUUCGCGACAAACUGGAAGCUGACGCUGAUUAUCUGUGGGAUAGCGCCGCUGACGGUGGGCGUCAUGAUGGGCUGUGCGUUUGUCGAGGCGGGCUAUGAAGCCAAGAUCCUCGAGUACUAUGGUCUUGCGAAUGCAUUUGCAGAGGGCGUGCUGGCUAGUGUGCGGACGGUGCAUGCGUUUGGCAUGAGGCGCCAGCUUGUGCGUACGUAUGACGGUUUCCUGGCCAAGGCACAUGCAUGGGGUGAUAAGAUCUCGCUGCUGUUUGGCAUUCUGUACUCGGCCGAGUACACAAUUAUUUAUCUGGGGUAUGCGCUGGCGUUCUGGAGGGGCUUCCACAUGCUGGCGGAUGGCGAGGUGAGCAAGACGGGAGACGUGUUUACGGUGCUCUUGUCUGUGGUGAUUGCCGCCUUGAGCAUCACACAGCUGGCGCCUUACUCGAUUGAGUUUACGCGCGCUGCGUCGGGCGCGGCUCAGCUUUUUGUGCUCAUCGACCGCAAGACGGGUAUUGACCCUUUUGAUCCGUCUGGAGAACAACCCGAUUCUCUGACAGGAGACGUCGAGCUGGACAAUGUUAGCUUUGCGUAUCCCACACGACCCAACGUCGCGGUCCUGGACAACUUCUCCCUUCGCGCCCCAGCAGGCAAAGUCACUGCGCUCGUGGGCCACAGCGGCUCUGGCAAAAGCACCAUCGUCGGCCUUCUGGAGCGGUGGUACAAUCCCACAUCCGGGUCGAUUAAACUUGAUGGCCGGCCCAUUGAAUCGCUGAACAUUGCGUGGCUGCGGAGAAACAUCCGUCUGGUGCAACAGGAACCCGUUCUCUUCAGUGGCACCGUUUUCGACAACAUAGCCCAUGGGCUCAACGGGACUCCACUGCAAGACGCAGCCUACGAAGAGCAACUCGCCCGUGUGCAGGACGCCGCGAGAAUUGCCUUUGCGCAUGACUUCAUCUCCCAGCUGCCCCAGGGCUACAACACGGACAUUGGGCAGCGCGGCAGCCUGCUGUCGGGCGGCCAGAAACAGCGUAUCGCCAUUGCCCGGAGUCUGGUGUCCAAUCCCAAAGUGCUGUUGCUGGAUGAAGCCACCAGCGCGCUCGAUCCCCACGCUGAAGCCAUUGUGCAGCAAGCUCUGGACCGCGCUGCUGCUGGCCGCACCACGAUAGUCAUUGCACAUAAGCUUGCGACGAUCCGCAGGGCCGACAACAUCGUCGUCAUGUCCCGGGGAACCAUCUUCGAACAAGGCACUCACGACGCUCUCAUUGCCGCCAGCGGCGCCUAUUCGCGCCUAGUCGCCUUCCAGCAGCUCGGGGGAGCCGAAAAGCCAGCGCUGCAUGGCAGCGAGACGGAAAAGUCGAGUCUGGAUGAAAAAGCACAUGGCGUUGGGCCCAGCCUGCCUGGCACUCGUGGUGCAGCUACAGACCAAAAGACUCUUGAUUCCCCGGCUGAAGAAUCCCAUGGAUAUGACGAAGACGACGACGAAGACGAGACCGGCGCGCAACUAAGCUUGCUACCACUCGUAUGGCGCCUCAUGGUCGCAACGCCCCAUCUCAAAUGGGCAUACCUGGCCCUCGGCGCCAGCAGCGUGGUAUCCGCAGGCGUGUUCCCAGGCCAAGCGAUUCUAAUGGCGCACAUGGUGAAUGUAUUUACGCUACCCAAAGCCACAAUGCUGUCACACGGCGACUUCUACUCGGCCAUGUUUGUCGCGCUGGCGGGCGCCUGUCUGGUCGCCUACUUUGUCAUGGGGUGGGCUUCCAACGCCAUUUCACAGUCUCUAUCGCACGAGCUGCGGCGCCAAAUGUUCAGCGAUGUUUUGCGCCAGGACCUGGCGUAUUUCGACCGCCGCGAGAACAAUGUCGGCGCGCUGGCGAGCCGCAUCGAUGCGUAUCCGCAGGCCGUGUUCGAGCUCAUGGGCUUCAAUGUCGGCUUGAUUCUUAUUGCUGUGUUGAGCGUCGCAACGUGCUCGGUGCUGGGACUCGUGUAUGCGUGGAAACUCGGGCUCGUCAUUGUGCUCGCUGGGCUACCAGCUCUGAUCGGAUGCGGCUGGCUCAAGAUGGUUGUUGAUGCCAGACUCGAUCGCAUCGUGGCCAAGCAGCUUGCCACGAGUUCUGCCAUUGCCUCGGAGUCGACAACAGCCAUCCGCACUGUGUCGUCGCUGGGCAUCGAAGCAUCGGUGCUCAAGCGCUACACGCACGAACUCGACCACGCCAUCAGCCAGUCGACCAAGCCGCUGCUCAGCAGCAUGCUGUGGUUUGCCCUGACACAAGCAUCCGAAUACUGGUUCAUGGCGCUGGGGUUCUGGUACGGAACGCGGCUUGUAGCGUCUGGCGAACUCGCCAUGGUGGACUUCUUCAUCGCAUACAUGUCCGUCUUCUUCUGCGCGCAAUCCACAUCGCAAAUCUUCCAGUUCUCGACGAGCGUCACAAAGGGUAAGAGCGGCGCAGACGCAAUCUUCCACCUCCAACAGCUGCAGCCCGUCGUCGGCGAAACACCCGAGAACAAGGAUAACAGCCCCAAGCCAGGAGACGCAGUGCACCUCCAAGACGUGGGCUUUGCGUAUCCCCUGCGGCCGCACGCCCCCGUGCUUAAAGGCAUCAGCCUCGACGCCGCAAACGGCCAGUUCAUCGCCCUAGUCGGCGCCUCGGGCUGCGGCAAAUCCACAAUCAUCUCGCUGCUCGAGCGCUUCUACGACCCCACGGCCGGCCGCGUGCUAAUCGGCGACGCCAACCUCGCUGCGCUGAACCCGCGGAAAUACAGAAACCAAGUCGGCCUCGUACAGCAGGAACCCACGCUCUUCCAGGGCACGAUUCGCGACAACAUUGCUCUUGGCGUCGCCGACGACGACGACGACAACGACAACGACGAUGUAUCACCGCUGGAUUCAAGCACAAUGCUCGAAACAAGCGGUACUGCCACCGACGAGGCCAUUGAAACAGCGCUGCGUGCAGCCAACGCGUGGGAAUUCGUAGCCUCACUCCCUUCAGGCAUACACACUGCCGUGGGGCCCAACGGGACCCAGCUCUCGGGGGGCCAGCGCCAACGGCUCGCCAUUGCGCGGGCGCUGGUGCGAACCCCGCACAUCCUGCUGCUCGACGAGGCGACGAGCGCGCUCGACACGGAGAGCGAGAAGAUUGUGCAGAGCGCGCUGGUGGAAGCGGCCAAGCACGGAAAUCGCAUUACGGUUGCCGUGGCGCACCGGCUGUCGACUGUCAAAGACGCGAAUCUCAUCUGCGUGUUUCGAGACGGGCGGAUUGAGGAGAUGGGGACGCAUGUGGAGUUGUUGGGGAGAGAGGACAGUUUGUAUGCGAAGAUGUGUGAGGCGCAGAGUCUGGCGUAG